GAUAAUCCGCACAGAAUCGGAUUCACCACCCAUUCUCCGAUUGAAAUUUGCUUUGGUUUUUCAAUCUCCGGCCACCGGCAUGACGAUAUCAGAGGACGAGGACGAGAGUUUGGCUCAAUUCCUUGAAACGGAGGUGCUCUCCGAGGUCUCCGAUCAGGAGGAGGAGGAGGAGGAAGAUUUGAUGAUAAAGGAGCCCAACCCUAAGAGAAUGCAUAUGACCGAGGAUAAGGCAGAGAAUCAGAAAAGCAAAGAAGAAGAUAAAGCAAGCUGCUCUUCAUCUUCUUCGACCGCCAUUGUCAGUAACAACCAGCUCAUGAGAAUUGACACUGGGAUUUUGAGCAAAAUCCCACCCGAGCUGUUCCGUCACAUCCUCAAGUUCCUAUCUUCUGAGGAUCUCAUUGCUUGUUCACUCGUCUGUAGAUUUCUGAAUCAUGCAGCUUCUGAUGAAUCCUUGUGGCAACGCUUGUAUCGUAUGCGAUGGGGUCUUUUGCCCCCUACCAGAAAGCUACGCGAAUGUCCUUGGAAAAAGCUUUACAUUGAGCGUGAUGAAGAGGACAUGGUGGAUCUUGGUAGAAAUUGCCCGGUUGAGUUCAAGGAGUACUAUGUCCAAAUGCAAGCUGCCAAAAGAAGCCAAGCACCUCUUCCUUCACAGGCGAAAGAUGAUGGGUUAAUUCUUGACAAGACAGUAGCUGAUCAAGUGUCCAUCUGGAAAAGAAGUAAAGGCCUGACUGAUAAGGUGGUAACUGAUCAUACUUGUUCCGGUGAAAAGUGUACUUACUACCAAGUUGGAGAUGUGUUUGUUUGCGAGAAGACUGGGCAGGUUCAUGUAUGUGAUGAGUUUUGCAGAGAAGCUGUUAUGGAUCCCGCUAAUAUGCUUUGGGUCUGUAGAAUAUCUGGUCAUUGCUUUGAUAAUGUACUGUCACCACAAGAAGUGGAGUCAGAUGCAGAACAGCAACAGGAAGAUCCGACAGAUGAGCCAGAACCAUUCAUGGGAUCCGGCCGCUUUGCGCGAGCUUAUUUGCUGGGAUAUAACUGUGCGGAUGAGAAAGAGCUAGAAGCUACUUGGAGGUUUUUGUGAACAGAUCAAGGUCUCCCAUCUUGGUGAUGUUUGGCGUAUCUAGAACAAAUGCCGUGUGUACUAUUUAUAUUACUUAUCUUAAGUUGAUCCCCAGAGCUCUGUGUAUGCUUAAAAUGACCUCUUAGAGUAGAUUUUUUUCCUCUUCUUUUCCUGGAAUCGACUCUUUAUAGUAGAUGAGGGGAGUGUACUAUUAUUGUUGUUGUUAAAAUAUUAGAGUGUACUGCUCUUGCUGGUUCUUAGCAUUUUAUUUUAUUUUAUUAUUAUUA